GCAGAGUUCAUUCAUAGAGCAAUGUCUUCUCCCGUUUUAGAAGACGGGGGUGCUCUAUGGGUUUUCUAAAGAAGUAAAGCAGACAUCACCAGCUGCUACCUGCGCUCUGCUCUGUGGACACCCGUAUUGUUUUAUUUAUGACGUCACCGUUCUUCACCGCCCUGCACAGUCAGUGAUUUCAGCUGAUGUUGGAGAGGAGACCUACGGCCUUCAGUCCUAUGUAGACAUUUUUUUUUUUUUGACAUAUCUCCACAUAUUAAAAUUACGAAAGGUCAAAGAAAAGGCGAGCUAAAUCUCGGGAAUUCUGCUUUUCUGAUGUUUCAAAAGCAUCGCGAGUGCAUCUCGGUGAAUGGGGGUUUCUGUAUCUCCUGUAGUUUAGGGAGCUUUCCUGUAUGCAGCGGCGGAGGGAGAGCCCAUCAACACCGGGAGGCAUUUAAAAGGAAUUGCCUGGCAGUGAGUGGGGAAAAUGUGUGCACUUCAGGAGUCGCUAGUCACUGGGAAUGCCAAUUCAGGGAUGGAUCUGCAGUUUGUUUAAAUUUAAUACAGGAGCGGCGACAAGAAAACACACACACAGCUGAAAUGGAGUGAAGAAUGUUAAUGGUUUUCAUCAUAAUUCCUUGAAAUUGAACAGUAAAGUCUUUUGAAAUGUAUUUUUGCUUCAACGGGAAAAAGGAAACCGGCAAGCCGGAAUGGAAUAUUAUAUAUUAAAAUAUUGUAAAUUACAACAUCGCAGGAUAACAAAAAUGACCUUACACUUGCAGCCUGUGCAUUCGAUCUGACAGUACGAAUUAUUUUGAAGAUUUUAAUCCUAAAAGAGGGGACAUGUGACUGACUCUUGAUACUGUGGUAGUCGUAGUAGUUUAGUCUCCUAGCACUUGCAUGGAAACUCAUAAGGGACCUUUGAUUUUAUUUCGUUUUUAUUUUUAAUAUUCUAGUUUAGCGAAUUUAACAAUGGCCAGCCAGAAAACGGUGCAAGCGUUUGAUAAACUAAAUUAGAAGCCUAUGUAUUUUAACGGCAUUUCGAAGUUUCUAAGCACAGACAAGUUGUGCCAAACCGUUUAAAAAAAAUGUCUAAAGCGGCCACAGAGAAGAAAUCGUUCAGCAAGAAACUGUUUAGGAGGGGUUCUGCGCGGUCGGUGGGGAGUUUUAUGAGUAGAGUACUCAAAACCCUCUCCACUUUAUCUCAUUUCGGUACCGAGGAACACACGGUAGAGGCUGAAAAGGAUGAUGGUGGCUUCACGACCUUCAUGUCUGGUGGCAAAAGCUCGGGUACAUCUGAUGUGAGCGACUGUGAAGGCUUCCUGUCGACUGGGGACAAGGUCCCCGGGUUAGCAGGUCUGAAGAACCAUGGGAACACCUGCUUCAUGAAUGCGAUCCUUCAGUGUCUGAGCAACACCGAGCUGUUCGCCGAGUACCUCGCCCUGGAGCAGUACAGAGGGGACGAUGAAGAGGAGCAGCUCAAAUCCAAUGGGGUGCUGUUUCAAAAGAAAGGCUCACAGGAGAGAGGAGAGGUCACGGAGCAGCUUUCUGGUCUGGUCAGAGCCCUGUGGACGUUUGAGUACACCCCGCAGCACAGCCGGGAGUUCAAGAAUGCCGUAUCGAAGAGUGCUCUGCAGUACCGGGGGAAUGCGCAGCAGGAUGCCCAGGAGUUCCUGCUGUGGCUUCUGGACCGGGUGCAUGAAGACCUGAACAACAGGGUGAACCCGCAUGGUAGACCCUCCAUAAAGCCUCCAAUUGAAGAAGAUGGAGCUUCUGAAGGACCAUCCCCUCCAGUCGCUAGCACUUUUGUACAGGAGCUUUUCCAGGCCCAGUACAGGUCUUCGUUGACGUGCCCUCACUGCCAGAAACAGAGCAACACUUUCGACCCCUUCCUUUGCAUUUCCUUACCUAUCCCUCUGCCUCAUACCCGACCUCUGUACGUCACCGUGGUUUACCAAGGGAAAUGCUCUCACUGCAUGAGAAUCGGAGUGGCCGUGCCCUUGACCAGUACAGUAUCCAGGCUACGAGAAGCUGUGUCACAGGAAACAAAGAUCCCUACUGAUCAGAUAGUAUUGACGGAGAUGUAUUAUGAUGGAUUUCACCGGUCCUUCUGUGAUGAUGAGGACGAUCUGAACUGUAUCCAAGAAAGCGAUUGUAUUUUUGCUUUUGAAACUCCAGAAAUAUUCAGGCCAGAAACCAUUCUAAGUCAAAGAGGGCUGCAUGCAAAUUUAAACCAGAACAACCUGAAGUAUGGCACAGAGCACAACAGGACUUCUUCAUACAUGCAUGGAGCAGUGAUGCCUGUAUUAUCUCCCAAUAAGAACAGCGGAAGUGAGAAGAUCAUUCUUCUGGUUUGCAACAGGGCGUGUGUGGGGCAGCAGGGCAGAAGGUUCGGCCACCCCUUCGUGCUGUGCGUGGAGCAGACUGUGACCUGGGAUGUCCUACAGAAAGAAAUCCUGGAGAAGAUGCGCCACCUGUUAAGGCCUGGUGUGUAUAUUCAGGUUGGCCCCUUCAGCCUGCGUGUAGUUGGAGUUGUAGGGAUUACAUACCUUUUACCUCAAGAAGAGCGUCCGCUUUGCCACCCCACUGUGGAAAGAGCAUUCAAAUCUUGUGGUCAAGGCGGGCCUCCUCAUGUAAAGGUAGUUGUGGAAUGGGACAAAGAGACCAAGGACUAUUUAUUUGGACACACUGAGGAUGAGUACGUCCCUGAUUCAGAAAGUGUGCACCAGCAGAGAGAGCAACACCACCAGCCUCAGACCUGCACCCUCUCGCAGUGCUUCCAGCUGUACACCAAAGAGGAACAGCUGGCUCCCGAUGAUGCAUGGCGCUGUCCUCACUGUAAGCAGCUGCAGCAGGGAAGCAUCAAGCUGAAUCUGUGGACGCUUCCUGAUGUUCUCAUACUGCACCUGAAAAGGUUCAGGCAGGAAGGCGACAGGAGAAUGAAAAUGCAGAACAUGGUCAAGUUCCCCCUAAUUGGCCUGGACAUGACCCCCCACGUAGUGAAACGCAGUCAGAGCAGCUGGAGCUUGCCCUCCCAUUGGUCACCCUGGAGACGGCCCUACGGACUGGGCAGAGACCCUAAAGACUACCUGUAUGAUCUGUAUGCUGUGUGCAAUCAUCACGGGACAAUGCAUGGAGGCCAUUAUACAGCUUACUGUAAGAACUCGGUCGAUGGCCAGUGGUACUGUUUCGAUGACAGUGAUGUUCAGCCAAUCGCGGAUGACGAUCUUUGCAAACAGACUGCGUAUAUCCUGUUUUAUCAGCGGAGGACCACCAUUCCGUCUUGGUCUGCCAACAGUUCUGUAGCAGGCUCCACGAGCUCGUCUCUGUGUGAUCACUGGAUCAAUAGGCUAACUGGUAGCAAGCCGCCCAGCGUUGCCUCUGCAGCGUCGUCAAGGCGCACUUCACUGGUAUCUCUCUCGGAAUCUGUGGAGUUUGCAGGGGACCGGAGCGAGGAUGAUGGAGGAUUCUCAACCCGACCUUUUGUAAAAAGUGUCCAACGCCAGAGCUUAUCUUCCAGAUCUUCAAUGGCCAGCCCUUUAACGAUGAAUGAAAAUGGAAGCAAGCCCUUGUGGUCACUGUCAGCCAAACUCCAAAUGAGAUCCAAUUCCCCGUCACGCUUCUCCUUAGAUUCGCAUUCUUCCUCUACUUUAGAAAGGAUCGGGGAAGCAUGCGAUGACAAAGUCUUCACUUCCUGCUUUGGGAGCUUCAGUAAACACGAGCACAAGUCCAGUGGGAAAGCACCUCUCGCUGUUAUGGAAAGCAUAGCAAGUGAUGAGAACAGUCACAAGAGACCCAGUACGUGUCAAGAUGAGCAGUACAUCAAGAGUACAACACAGACAGAGAAGAGGGUGUCCAAAGCGGACUCUAUAGAUAACAACAACCAAACAAACUCUGUCGAUCAGAAUCAUUCUGAUCACGGCUCUUCAUCGAAAGAUACAAAACCUCGAAGCAGCUCGGGGGUGUCGACUCACAAAGCCGAGAGCACAGCAGCUAAAAGGAGCUCCUCUAAGGCAGUUCUGGAGCAGGAGAAGAGUUCAAAGAAAAAACAAUCGACCUCAUCCGCUCAGUCAUCUCCUGCUUCUCAAGCAUCCUCCAGUCCCCAAGGCAAAAGCUCCCAGAAGACGACCAGUUUGAAAGUCAAAGCAGGUUCCACCAAGCCGGGGAGCCAGAAAGCCUCUUCAUCAUCGACUCAGUCCAAAAAGGAUUCCUCCCAAGAAACUCAUUCAGGUGCCGUGCCUCAGAAGCACAGAGCGUCUUCACCUCAGUCCUCUUCACCAUCGCCAGCGGGGAAGAAGACGUCGACGAAAACCGAGAGCAGCUCUUCCACCCCGUCCGCUGGGAGGAAAAAGCUGGCUGAAAGGAGCCUGAGCAGGGAGUCCUCUUGCCUAAGCCCCCUUGCAGAGAAACCUGGUGUGGCCAGAACCAGCAGCUCUGCCAGGUCUUUGCUAGUGACAGGGAGUGACAGCGUUCGAGUGGAGCGCAGGCCAGUUAGAUGCUCCAGCAGCAGUUCUUCUGUUACAAGCUUGCGAUCUCCCAGCAUUUCCUCGAAGACUGAUCUCCGUAGGAACAGCAAGUCGGAGGACAAAGGGUUGUCCUUCUUUAAAACCGCGCUGCGGCAAAAGGAGACCCGCAGGUCAGCAGAUUUUGGCAAGACCACAAUUCUAUCUAAGAAGUCCCAAGAAGCGGCCACGAAAUCUAGUAUGAAAAAUGGCACUGAAGCAAUUGAGGGGACGACUAAGGCAAUUGAGGGGACGAGUAAGGCAAUGAGUAAGUUUCCAGAACCUAAAACGGGCAAGGCUUCUGUGAAAGAAAAGGAGUCUGCUAAGAACUCCACCCCUGUCAAACGGUCUUUAUUGUCUGCAAGUAAAGCAAAGUCUUCCACACCAGAAAUAGGUGCUCAGUCUCCUGCUAAUGGGAAAAAGCCACUUGAAAAGACCUCAUCCUCCAGAAAGCUUUCUUCCAGCAUGCAAUCACCUGCACGGUCUGUUCUGAAGCCUCAGUGAUAUUUUGCAAAGCAGUUUAUUUAUUUUUUUCUGGUGAUGCAGCUACUUUUUGAUUUAUUUUUCUUUUUGUUGAUGUGCCUAAUAUAAAUUAUAUUUUUUUCAUAAAGAAAAUGUACUGUAAAUUAUUAAAAAUCGUCUUUCUUUCCGGACAUCCAACCAAAUAAUUGACGUUUGCAGAUCUGGCACAGUCUACUACUGCACACAGACCGAAUAGUUCUAUAGAAAGUGUGUUUUAACAAAGCACUUUGUAUUUAAUCUUUUUUUUGCAGAGGAAUGCUAUAUAAGUUACCAGACUGUACAUUUGAUUGCAAGGUCAUUUUUAAACUCCCUGUUACUGUAGCAUGCUUUGAAGAGGAACGUUUU